UUCUUCCCUUUUUUGAGGCUUCUCCUUCGCGCCUCCACGCACCAGCGCUCCUUGUUCCCCCAUUGUCCAACGUGAGGUCGGAGGCUGGAAGGCGGUGGCUGGUAGCGCGAUGGACCUGGCUGGGCUCCUACUGGACGAAGAAGGCACCUUCUCCCUCACUGGCUUCCAAGACUUCUCGUUCCUCCCAGGACACCAGAAGCUGAGUGCUCGGAUCCGUAGGCGACUGUACUAUGGCUGGGACUGGGAGGCAGACUGCAGCCUGGAAGAGCUCUCCAGCCCUGUGGCAGACAUUGCUGUGGAACUACUCCAGAAGGCAGCCCCUAGCCCUAUUCGUCGGCUCCAGAAGAAAUAUGUGGCUCAUGUGUCCCGGGAGGCAUGCAUUUCCCCAUGUGCUAUGAUGCUAGCUCUGGUAUACAUUGAGCGGCUCCGGCAUCGAAACCCAGAUUAUCUGCAGCAUGUGUCAUCUUCUGACUUGUUCCUGAUCUCCAUGAUGGUGGCCAGCAAGUACCUCUACGACGAAGGGGAGGAGGAGGAGGUCUUCAAUGAUGAGUGGGGAGCGGCUGGGGGUGUGGCUGUGCCCACUCUCAAUGCCUUGGAGAGGGGCUUCCUGAGUGCCAUGGAUUGGCGUCUCUACACUGACCCUGGGGAGAUCUUCGAGGUGCUGAGUUGGCUGGAGAGCUGUGUGGCUGAGCAGCAGGGACGGCGGCGGGGAUGGUAUACCUACACAGACUUAUGUGUGCUGCUGGAGCAGCCAGCCUGGCAGCUGGCCUUGGGCUCCCUCUGCCAGCGACUGGUAAAGCUGUCCUGCCUGUUAGCCAUGGCAUACGUGAGCAGCGUGGCCCUCUCUGUGGCAUCGGUGGCUGUGAUACACCAGUCCUUAGGGCUGCCCUGCAGUCCCUCACCUGGUCCUCCUGACGUUGACUUGGCCCCUAAAGGCCUUUUGGAGCCCUGCAUUCCUUCUCCAGUGCCACAGCGCCUGCUGUCUGCUAACGUCUCCAGCUGUGUGGAAUCUGACGCAGGGCUGCGUUCACUCUGGGACAGUCUUCUGGCCUCACUGAGUCCCCCAUCAUUGCCUCCUCCAGACCCCCCUUCCCUUCUCCCUCUUCUGCAUAACUGCCCCCUUUGUCAAAAGCUCCAGAAAGACCCCCCAACCUGUCAUGCCUGCCACCACCCCAACUAUUCAGUACCCACUGGGCCUCCCAGCCCCAGGUACCACACUCAUGGCCUGGCUCCACCCUGGCCCUGGAGCCGGAUGGCCCCUCUGCUCCCCCAGCCCCAACAGUGUUCUCUUUUUAGCGUGAUGGAGCUGGCCCGCAUCAAGUCUUUCAUUUUCCCAGGCUAGGUAGGUUUCCAAGGUAUGCAGUCAGAGGAUUUGGGAGUCUCUGAGAACCUGGAAGAGGAAAGCUUGAUUUAGAUCCAUGCUGUCUCUCUGGGUCCUUGGCUGGUCCCCUGUCCUCCUGGGUAAGCACUUAAGGGGUUGUGGGGCAGAAAGACAUUCACUCUCCUAGACCUCAGGGGCUGGCUGCAUGGCCAGGGGAGUGAUAGUGCCAGGGGAAGCUUCACUGGGUGCAAGGGACAGGUCACAGAUGACAAGAGAAGCCCCAUCCCUGUUUCUGUGGGGCUCUUUAAGACUUUUGCUUUUGAGUUUCCUAGAAUGGAAGGGUAAAAGUAGAAGAUGGGAGUAGUAGGGUAAAGAGAGGAAGGAAACCCGUAUCAAUGCUGUCCUGUGUCAUGUCUCUGAGGCAGGAGAACCAGGGACUGACAGGGCUGGGUUGGGAGGGAAAGUGGGUGAGGUGGGAAAGCUUUUCUACACCUGCCCCUUGCUUAUAGUCUAAUGGAACCAAUCACUGACUGCUAGGACUUUUGACUUUGACCUUUUGUCUUCCAACCUUAGAAUCCUGCUCCAAGGCUUCCCUCUCUUCUGGUUCCUCUUUGGGUGUUCUCUUCAAAGGCCUUUCUGGCCACCGCUUUGUAUCUGAGUUUUUCAUGCUUUUGUAGAACUAAGAUUUCAAUAAACAGUUUCAGUUGCAUGGC